AUGGAAUAUUGUGCUGUUGCUUAUAUGCAUUCACAGAGUCCACCGGUGAUUCAUCGUGAUCUCAAGGUGGAGAAUGUAUUGUUGGAUGAAGAGACCGGUAUCUACAAGCUGUGUGACUUUGGCAGUGCGAUUGUCGGUGUCGUUCACCUCAAUAACAAGUCGGAUAUGACUGUCGCCGAAGAGGACAUCGCUAAACACACCACACCGCAAUACAGGCCGCCAGAGAUGAUCGAUCUCUACCGCUCAAAGGUGAUCAACGAGAAGGUCGAUAUAUGGGCACUGGGCUGUCUGCUUUACAAACUACUCUUUUACACCACGCCCUUUGAGGAGGCCGGAUCACUCGGUAUUCUCAACGGAAACUACCAGAUACCGACGCCAACCUCCUACUCAAACGAGAUGAUCUCACUGAUUCGCUACAUGCUCCACCCGGAAGUAGACACUCGUCCCGAUAUCUAUUACAUCACCAACGAAGUCUGUAGACUACGUGGCAUUCCACAGAUAUUCCCUGGCAAAGGACAACAAUAUCACAACAAUCCUUAUACUUCACCGAAUCUUUCAUCAUCCAUAAGUAAUAACAAUAGCAACAACAGCAACAACAACAACAAUAGUAAUUUCUCAACUUCAUCAACAGUUACAAAUAACAAUAACAGUAGUAAUAUAAAUGGUGGUGGUAUUGGACAUUCGAUGAGCAGUAAACCACCAAAACCACCAAUACAACAACAACAGCAGCAGCCAACAUUUGAUGGAUUUGAACAAAUGGAAGAUGAUGAAUUCUCUAAUCCUAAUAUUGCUUUGGAUCAGACAUCACCACACAUCAGAAGAAAAUCACCAUCCGCACCGAUGCAACCUAUUAUUAUUCAGCAACAGCCACAACUAUCGAGUGCAGCAGCCAAACGAAGACCUGUUGGUGGAUCAACUAGUAAACCAAAUACACCUGCAACAACACCUUCAAUGGCACCAUUAGCUAUACCGAAUACAUCGAAAUUGGAAUCACCUUUAGCUUUUAACCUUGAACCAUCAAGUGUAAAAUCAUAUGAAAUCGAAGAAAUUACUUCAUUGGUUGCAAUUGCUACAAACUCUGAUCCAAUAUUUGAUAUGGAAUCAUUUUCAAAAUUAAAAUCAAUAUCAUUAAAUUAUAAUCUAACACCUGGAAAUGGAAUAAUGAGCGAGGUUGUAAAGCGACCACUUAGAGAACCUGCUGUCUGCUUGAAAUCACUGCUACUUGUACAUAAAUUGAUGGUCGAAGGCAACCAAACUUUCAAAAUAGAUGCCUACGAUAGUAAAGAUCUUUUCAAUAAUCUAUAUCUUGGUUGGUUAAAACAAAAAGAGAAAUGUAUGUCCAACACAUCACAGCAACAUCAACAUCAACAACAACAACAACAAACCAUUUCGACAACCAUCAAUCCAUUUGUCAGUGAUAGUAAUAACAAUAGCAAUAAUAGUGCAGAACCAACUUUCAAUCCAUUUUCAAACUCAACCGAUUCGAUGGAUCCAUUUUCCAGUGCGUCGGUGUCGCCUGCACAAUCACCGAGAAACUCAUUGUAUCUUCAACCGCAGCAGCAGCAACAACAACCGCAAUCCAAUACUAGUUUGUCACUUCCACAGUCACCAGUGAUGUCUAGAAAGAUGGUAGCACAACCAAAUAACAAUAACCAACCAAUGAUUGGAGGAGGACCACCACUGAGAUUCCCUCAUUCCGCUUCACUCGACGAUGCUAGAUUAUAUACACUUAUCCUUACACCAUCGCCAUCACCACCAGUCUCUCCAUCUUUCAAUCGUAGUUCAAACAAUAUCCCUGUAUCUGGAUUCGAUCAACUUUCAAUCAAUCCUUUCCAGUUACAACAACAACAGCAACAACAACAACAACAACCUCACCUUCUUCAUCCACAAUCUCAUCACCAACAACAAUCACAUCAUUUACAUCCACAGCAACAUUCACAACAACAACAACAACAACAACAACAAUCUAGUGGUAAUCCAUUUGAUGCGGUUCCAUUUUAUCCACAACAUCUACCGACUGCUCUUCAAAAGUCAGCGGGUUCAUUGAUGCCACCACCCAAAGCACCUGUGCAAAGAGGUCACAGAAGAUCACAAAGUAGUACAACCGAUGAUAUGCGACGUCGUCAACUACUACAACAACAACUCGAACAAAACAAAGAGUUCCAAAUGAAUCAACGUAAGCAACGUAGUAUGAUGCACUCUAGCAGCAGUGAAGUUGUAACAAACACCCAAGAAGAAAUGUUUGGUGAUGAUUUCGAUGACGAUUUCGACGAAUCAUCUUCAAUCAUGACUCGUAAAAGAUAA